AUGGACGGAAGCACGGCACCGGUGGAUAAGGCCUCAAAGGAGACACCGACUCAACCUUCAACGGGAGAUUCAUCAGAAGUUAAAAGAGGUGUCGCGCGACGUAAAGUACAGUCAAUAUCUAGGGCAUGGACUCAUUUUACCAAGAUUCUUGACGCAAAGGGAGAUGUGAUAGGAGCUCAGUGCAAGCACUUCGAAAAGCAAUAUGCUUGCCAUACAAAACGAAAUGGUACCUCCUCUCUUCUUGCUCAUAUGAGUAGUUGCAUGAAAAACUCUGAAAAUGUUGAUGCGAGCCAAUCUUUAAUAAACGUGCAACCAGGAAAAGAGGGUGUUGUUGGGUCGAGUUCGAUAUCUGCUUGGAAAUAUAAUUAUGGUGAGAUUCGAGAAUCUAUUGCAUAUAUGAUAUGUUCUGAUGAGUUGCCCUUUAAAUUUGUGGAAAGCCGAGGAUUUAAAAUUUUUAUGAGCAAAGCAUGUCCUAGGUUUAAAAUUCCUUCUCGAACCACUGUUACAGAGAUUGUUUUGAUAUGUUUGUUAAAGAAAGGUCAAAGUUGA